GUCGUUUCGUUUUACAUCCAUUCCUGUAUAUAAUCCCGAGUUUCAUACGUAAACUCAUUAUAAUACACUUAUAGGAUUGUGACCAGAUUUUGGGUCAUAUACUGUAUCUUGAAUCAGGAUUGGUAAAUCGUGCUGUCAGUUUGUUAAAAGAUAAUAAUGCCAUCGCCUGUGGAAGUCAUCGUAGUUGGAGCUGGAAACAGAGGAGAAAAUUAUUCAGAGUAUGCUAGGAUUUUUCCUGACCGCAUGCAGGUGGUUGGAGUUGCUGACCCCAGAGAGUUUGUUCGAAAGAAACUUCAAGCACGUCACAAAGUACCUGAUCAAAACACAUUUAAAGAUUGGCAUUGUGUAGCAGAAAGAGAGAAGUUUGCAGAUGCAGUGUUGAUCUGCACUCCUGAUCGCCUUCACAAGGACCCUGCAGUGGCAUUAGCUAAGAAAGGCUACCAUAUAUUGCUGGAGAAACCAAUGGCUGUAACAGAGCAGGACUGCACAGAGAUUGUAGAAGCUAUCAUUCAGAAUGGCGUUAUAUUUGCUGUGGGCCAUGUUCUCCGAUACAACCCUGUCAUUCACAAAAUAAAGCUGCUGAUUGACAGUGGAGUGGUUGGAGAUGUCAUCCACAUUCAGCACUUGGAACCGGUGGGGUUCUAUCAUUUUGCUCACUCCUUUGUCAGAGGGAACUGGAGAAACGAGGCAGAAAGCUCUUUCGCGCUGUUAGCCAAAUCCUGCCAUGAUCUGGAUCUGAUUCACCACUGGGCUGGAGGACGAAGGUGUAUCAAAGUUUCAUCAUUUGGGUCGCUUAGCCACUUCACAAAAGAGAACAAGCCAAAAGAGGCUGCAAAUCGCUGUUUAGACUGUCCUGUAGAGGGAGAUUGUGCAUACUCUGCAAAGAAAAUCUACUUGGAUCGAGUGAAAAAGGGUGCUGUUGGCUGGCCAGUGUCAGUGAUUUGUUCCAACUCACUUCCUGAUAUUGAAUCAGUGACUGAAGCCCUCAGAACAGGACCUUAUGGCCGCUGCGUCUACGACUGUGACAACGAUGUGUGCUCAAAUCAGGUAGUGAAUAUGGAGUUUGAAGGAGGCUUGACUGCCGCAUUCACCAUGGUUGCAUUUACAAAGGAAAUAUGUGAACGCAAAACUACUAUCUAUGGUAGUAAGGGCGAACUCUCCUGUGAUGGACAUGAGAUCACAGUGUUCGACUUCCUUACCAAUAAAACCACAAAGCACACCUCAGAUGGGACUGUUCCGGGCAACUUUGCCAAAGGAGGUCACGGCUGUGCAGAUUUUCAUCUAAUUGAUUCCUUCAUUUCAGCCGUGACAAAUGGAGACCCAACUAUGAUCAGGUCAGGUCCCAUGGAGACAUUAGUAAGCCAUAAACUAGUGUUUCAGGCUGAACGUGCCCGUUUGGAAAACAGAGUCGUGUUCUGUGAGAAUCCGUGUGAUGGAGAGAGCAGAUGAGUGUAUAGGAGAAACAAAUCUGCAGGUUAUGGAUUUGUUUUAUUAUACUCUAUGAAUUUAAACUGUGUUGAUCUAGACGUUCUUGCUGUAAACGCUUUUGUCAUUGUGAUUUUCAAAUGCCGUCCAGAUGUCAUGCUUUUUAAAUGAAUGUAAUCAUGUCUGUUUUAUUCAGAUGAGUUAUAAAACAGUAAAUGUUGAAUUCCAUUUAAUGUAGCUAAAAAUACUUGAAUGUAUUAAUAUACUAUCUUUUUUACCUAGCUUUAGUUGUGUAAUU